GCCUGCCCUUCCCGCCUCUGGGGAAGAAACCCCGCCGGCCGCUGUCGCGCUCGAAUCAUGGCCUCGGGCCGGAGGGGAUGGGACAGCUCCCACGAGGACGAUCUGCCGGUGUACCUGGCCAGGCCGGGCACUACCGAUCAGGUCCCGCGGCAGAAGUACGGCGGCAUGUUCUGUAACGUGGAGGGCGCCUUCGAGAGCAAGACGCUAGAUUUCGAUGCCUUGAGCGUGGGGCAGCGGGGCGCCAAGACUCCCCGGAGCAGCCAGGGCAGCGGCCGCGCCUCUGGGAACCGACCCGGGGUGGAGGGGGAUACCCCGCGCAGGAGCCAAGGCCGAGAGGAGAGCAGGGAGCCCGCGCCCGCGUCGCCCGCCCCCGCCGGGGUGGAGAUCCGGAGCGCCACCGGCAAGGAGGUGUUGCAGAACCUCGGCCCGAAGGACAAGAGUGACCGUCUCCUCAUCAAGGGAGGCAGAAUCGUCAAUGAUGAUCAGUCCUUUUAUGCUGAUAUCUACAUGGAAGAUGGCUUAAUAAAGCAAAUUGGAGACAAUCUGAUUGUCCCUGGAGGAGUGAAGACCAUCGAAGCCAAUGGGAAGAUGGUGAUCCCUGGAGGCAUCGACGUCCAUACUCAUUUCCAGAUGCCAUACAAGGGCAUGACCACAGUGGAUGACUUCUUCCAAGGGACAAAGGCCGCCUUAGCAGGUGGCACCACCAUGAUCAUUGACCACGUGGUGCCUGAGCCUGAGUCCAGCCUGACUGAGGCCUAUGAGAAGUGGCGAGAGUGGGCCGACGGGAAGAGCUGCUGUGACUAUGCCUUGCAUGUGGACAUCACCCACUGGAGCGACAGCGUCAAGCAGGAAGUGCAGAGCCUCAUCAAGGACAAAGGGGUUAACUCCUUCAUGGUUUACAUGGCCUACAAGGAUUUGUAUCAAGUGUCCAACACAGAGCUCUACGAGAUCUUCACCUGCCUGGGAGAGCUGGGAGCCAUUGCUCAAGUCCAUGCUGAGAAUGGGGAUAUCAUUGCCCAGGAGCAAGCCCGGAUGUUAGAAAUGGGAAUAACGGGCCCAGAAGGCCAUGUGCUGAGCAGACCAGAGGAGCUGGAAGCAGAGGCCGUGUUCCGUGCCAUCACCAUUGCCAGCCAGACCAACUGCCCUCUCUACAUCACGAAGGUCAUGAGCAAGAGCGCCGCUGACCUCAUCUCGCAAGCCAGGAAAAAAGGAAACGUGGUCUUUGGUGAGCCCAUCACCGCCAGCCUCGGCAUAGAUGGAACCCACUACUGGAGCAAGAACUGGGCGAAGGCGGCUGCAUUUGUGACGUCCCCACCUCUGAGCCCUGACCCCACCACGCCUGACUAUAUCAACUCCUUGCUGGCCAGUGGGGAUCUGCAGCUCUCUGGAAGUGCCCACUGCACCUUCAGCACUGCCCAGAAAGCGAUCGGGAAGGACAACUUCACAGCCAUUCCCGAGGGCACCAAUGGCGUGGAGGAGCGGAUGUCUGUCAUCUGGGACAAGGCCGUGGCCACAGGGAAAAUGGAUGAAAACCAGUUUGUGGCUGUAACAAGCACAAAUGCUGCCAAGAUCUUCAAUCUGUACCCCCGCAAGGGAAGAAUAUCUGUGGGCUCGGACAGUGACCUGGUCAUCUGGGAUCCAGAUGCUGUGAAGAUCGUCUCUGCCAAGAACCACCAGUCGGCUGCAGAGUAUAACAUCUUCGAAGGAAUGGAGCUGCGUGGGGCUCCUCUGGUCGUCAUCUGCCAGGGCAAGAUCAUGCUGGAGGACGGCAACCUGCACGUGACCCAGGGGGCUGGCCGCUUCAUCCCCUGCAGCCCAUUCUCCGACUAUGUCUACAAGCGCAUUAAAGCCAGGAGGAAGAUGGCGGACCUGCAUGCGGUCCCCAGGGGCAUGUAUGAUGGGCCUGUGUUUGACCUGACCACCACCCCAAAAGGGGGCACUCCUGCGGGCUCUACUCGGGGCUCUCCAACUCGGCCAAACCCACCCGUGAGGAAUCUCCAUCAGUCAGGAUUUAGCCUGUCGGGCACCCAAGUGGAUGAGGGGGUCCGCUCAGCCAGCAAGCGCAUCGUGGCGCCCCCUGGAGGCCGUUCUAAUAUCACAUCCCUGAGUUAAACAACCCCUCACCAGAGAGGGGCUGAAGUCAGAAGAGAUUUUUUUGAAGCCAAAAUGGUACACCGAUAUUUAAGAAGGAAAGCGAAUCCAAACGUUUGCGAUCUAAAGAAUCAAUAAGCCUCAAGCCUUAUGUUUCUCCAAUGUUACGCGCUCGCUUGCCUAGCUUUAUGAAUAUGCUUUGAUUUCUGUUUAUGCAUAGCCUUGAUUUGUUGACCCCCCCAUUUACAUGCAUGCAAUCAGACAGGCCACUAAGGUAAAAGAGUCUGCUAUAUCAUAGUGUUGAGAGCGUGUGUAGUGCUGCAUCUUACGACAAGGGGACAGACAAAGCUGGGAUGUCAGGGACAUGAACACAAGGGACACAAGUUAUUUGGGGAUGAGUGGGUGGUGGGAGCCCAAAGCAAGGUGAGGGUGCAGAAGGGCUGGGGUAGGGCGUGUAGGAGGGAGGCGGGUGGGCUGGGUGAAGCAGGAGGGUGUUGUGUAUUGUGUUGAUGACAUAGGUUGAUUUCCAUGGAAGACGGUCACUUGUGGCAGCUGUCACUUCAUCAUGGUCCCCUGAGGUCUGCGGAGAAGGAAGGCCAUCUUUGGGUUCUGGACUUUGUCAUGUCCUCUGCUAGUAGAUUUUGUUUCUUUCAACAUGUAUUAAAAUGCCAAACCCCAACCAGUUCUUCCAUCUGCUUGAUCGUGCAGUGUUUGAUCGGAGCCUCUUUCUCAAUGUUGCUUUCAAAUCGUCCUCUUUCUUGGGCCGGGAAGUAUAAACGAGGAGAGCGCAGCAAUGUCUCUCCCUCCCUCCCUCCCUGUCUCUUUGGUGCUUCUAAAAAGCAACAGCUAAGACCACAGCACAGGCCCUCAGAUGAGGGAGGGCCACUGCAGCUUAAAUACGCCUCUGUUGCAACAUGGGGAGCUCACCUCUCACUCUCGCGACUUUGCAAACCAAGAAGAGUAGCGUGCCUCUGGCCCCCAGGUUAGAAUUUAGCUCAGAUGGUGCAGGACGAAGGGCCUUUCUUGGCAAUGGUGUUUGAUUUUCUUGACCUCCUGAGAUCCAGGCACAUUCAUGAAUAAAUAGGAUUCCCUCUACCCCUUUUUUAGAAAGUUGCUUUUCUUAGGUGUUUCCUAAUUUUUACUACACUAUGGGAAACAAGCUAGGAUUUGGGGAAGCCAAUCCCGAGCAGAGGGAAUGCGUUUUGUGGCCCUUGUUCCAUUUUUCAGUUCUGAACCAUCCGUUCCACCUUCCAUGAACAGAUCCUGUGGGAGAGCUCUUUGUUUCAGUACUGAAAUCUCCCCAAGUGAGUCAGGUGCCUUCCUGAUGGGGGACAUACAGGACAUUAGCAUGGAGUGUUCGCAUUGACCUAGCCUGCCAAGACUGAAUGUUAUUUCCCUAUUGUGCCACUUGCAGAAAUUCAAUUUUGGAGCAAAUUCCUGUGAGCAAGAUGAGGCUCUGUAGAACCAAGAUGCCCAAAUAUUCAACCUGGAAUCAGACUUCCAAGCUCUGUGAGAUCUAACUGAUAGAAUCCAUAACCCGUGACUAAGUACUUUGAAGAGGAGAGCAGGCCUCAAACACCUUUUAAGUGCUUAGGAGAAGCCACUAUCUCUGACUGCAGGUUUUAGUAAAUUGAAGACCACCAAAAGGUGAACCCUUAGCUACAAAGGAAUUUGGAAAUAGCCAAGGAAAAGAACUUCCUCUAGCAAGCUGCUUUCUGUUCUAAUCAUGAAAAAGAGUUCUCUCUCAUAAUAGGGAAUCUUGCUAUGUCAAGACUCUCAUGGUGCUUUUAUUUUAAGGGAAACUUAAAUAAAAGGAAAAAAUGUAGCUCCUAAUUCACACAUCUAAGAUUUGGGGCCUGUCAUCGAACUCGGAACGACAGUUUUAUAUUCAGAGGGAGUUUGCCAGAUCUGACCAUAUAUAUACCUCAUUGACUGGACUCUGCUUUAGGAUAGGCUGCAGUACCAGCCACAACCACCAGGUGGAGGAAAAGACACAUAAAUAAACUGGUCUGCGCACUCACUUCCGCACCAUCCUCUAUGCUGUUACCCAGCCCUAAGUCCGACGCAUCUGUCCAUGACCUCUCUGCCACAAAAACAAACCUUCCAUUGCCAAAUUAAUCAUCUGCACCGCACGUGGGACUUCCAAAACCCAGCAUUCAGCUAGAAUUUUAUCUUCUCCCCAAGAUUUCCAUGCUGUAGGAACAUCCCUUUAAUCCGAGUUGUGCAACAUUAUCUAAGGAGGCCUCCCUCCCUUCAGUUACCGUUAGUAAUUUUCUAAGCAUAGAAAUUCUUGAGAAUUCCAAAACUCCCACUAGUUUUUAAACAUGAGUACUGAGUCAAAGCACUUAAGUUAAAAUUGGUAUGCAAAUUGGUUCUGUUCCUUAAGACACAUCAAACAGUUCCCUCUAGGAGAGGAAAUGACAGUGAAGUGACUUGUGGCGCUCUCCGAACUCACUGGCAUCUCGUCUGGGCGUGGGGAGGUGGGCCAAACCUACUGUCUCAUCCCUCACCUUUUUUGGUGGUGGUUGUGUCAUCUCCCGGUCUCGCUGCUCUGUAAGAAUGCCCCUGCCAUCCCCCCAGUCUUCUCACACCAUUUCUACACCCAGAUGGCUAUCAGUGUUCUUUCUGAGAGAGCCACAGUCUUGGAUAGUCGAGAGCAUGUGUGUGGAACUAUUAAAUCAGCCACCCCAGUAGAGCUGUUUCUUUUACUUCGAGGUUUUCUAUAACUAGUAAGAUUAUUACAGUUAUCCUGAACAUGGAUUUUCGUAAGUCCAGACAUCCUUCAGCCUUAGUCUUCAUGGCUAUAUCCAGAGAAUCAUUCUCUUCUCCAAAGCCUGGACUUUUGUUCACUCUGAGAAGCAUUUUCCAACAGGAUGGGCGAUUGCCAACAUUGGUUCUUGCCACAAGCUUCCCAGGCCUUCUCCCCUGGAAAACGCCAGCUUGAGUCCCAGAUACACUCCUGGCUGUCUCGGGCAGCCCGCAUUCAUUGUAAGUUCCCUCUUUGAAGUGGUGUGUGGGUGUUCAGUUCUGUGUCUGGUGGAUAUGGACAGACGGUAAAUCUCCCUGUGAUCUGUGCUAGCUGUGAGGCAGCUCUGGAACGUGAAGAGCUGUUUGGUUUGAACCGUGAAGAAAACUGUGUUUUGAGUUUAGCUGAGAUUAAAGGAAAAAAAAAUUUCAUCAAGUGACUGUUAAUGUAAACCUGGUUAUUAAAAUAACUAUAAAAGUA